AUGGCCCUCCGCAGUAUAUCGUUCAACCAGGACUACACGUGUCUCGCGGCCGGCUUCGACGCCCAGUACAAGGUGUACAACUGCGACCCGUUCGGCGAGUGUUUCCACAAAGCUGACGACGGCGGCGCAAACUUGGUCGAGAUGCUGUUUUCCACCUCUCUGAUCGCCGUUGUUGGGAUUGGCGACAAGCCGGCCAACACGAUGCGCAAGCUGAAAAUCAUCAACACAAAGCGCAAGGCUGUGAUCUGCGAGCUCACGUUUCCGACGGCCAUUUUGUAUGUCAAGAUGAACCGCAAGCGGCUAGUCGUGGUGCUCGUGGACCAGAUCUUUGUGUACGACGUGUCGUGUAUGAAGCUGCUGCACAGCAUUGAGGCCAGCGCGAGCGCGAACGACCGGAUGAUAUGCGAUCUGUGCGCGGACGACGAGAGCGUGCUUGUGUUCCAGCAGUCGGGGGGUUCCGACGAGCUGGCCGCGAAUGCGGGCACGGUGGUGGUGUUUGACGCGCUGCGGAUCCAGCCGGUCAACGUGAUCGAGUGCCACAAGUCGCCGCUGCAGCGGAUCGCCGUUUCGAAGGACGGCCGGCUGCUGGCGACGGCGAGCGUCAAGGGCACGAUUGUGCGGGUAUUCCGGGUGGCCGACGGCAGGAAAGUGCACGAGUUCCGGCGCGGGAGCUACACGGCGCAGAUCUCGUGUCUGAGCUUCAACGUGGACUCGACGGUGCUGUGCUGCUCGUCCAAUACCGGCACCGUCCACUUCUUCCGGCUUGACGAGGUCGAUCGACGCCAGACGGCGGCGUCGAUCGACGCGGACGUUGACGGUCCCGAAACGCUGCCGCGCGAAAGCAGCAUCACCGAGGAGGAGUCAACAGAGAUCAACCGGCUGAUCAACAGCCAGCUGGGCGUUCACAACGGGUUCGCCAAGAAGAAGAGCGCCGAGUCGCUCAAGAACUUCAUCUGGUCGAAGUCCAAGACGUAUCUGCCGUCGCAGAUCAACUCCAUUCUGGAGCCCAAAAGAGACUACGCAUUCAUCAAGCUCAGCAGCGAGGUGGAAAGCGUGGUGGGGCUUGUUGACAACAACUGCUACGUGGCGACACGCGCAGGCGAUUUUUUCGUCUACUCUGUGCAGCCGGGUCAGUGCGUGCUGCUCAAGCACUAUAAAAUAGAAUAA